UUGUGAGGCUGAGAAUAUAUCUUCUCUUAUUUCAAAGUACAUGUCGUGUAGUGCAGCCACGCGAGGCUCUAGUUGCUAAUAAGGGUUCGCAUUUCUUGAAGGUUUGACUGCGUUAUAACUGGUAGUUUGAUAACUGUUUUCAUUGCUAAUUUCUGUAUGUUUUGAUGUCGUUUCUCCAUUUGAGGACUCCGUUGAUAUUUGCAAUUUAUUCAGAAUAUUGUGACUUUCUUUCUUACGUAAUCGUUUGUCGUUAUGAGUUAUAAGUUUCAUUAGUAAGUAGAAAAUAGUGAAAUGAGUUACACUUCUAAUUAGUGUUCUACUGUUAGUGAAUGAUGGAGCCCGUAAAGAAGAUACUGAUACGACUAAAGGGUCCAAUAGAGAAGGGAGAAGCGACUAGACUCUGUACACAACUACUGGCUCUUAUCAAUAAAGACGAGAAGCUGGUUAAAGAAACGGUAAGCUGGCUGGUUUCUUCUGAUGGAGGUCAAGAAGCUUUCCAUCAGAUUUGCAGACAGGCGGUGGAAUCGGAUGCUCUACAACUGAUAGCUCGCACACUCUCCUCCUUAGCUGUAACAGAAAGUUGUUCUACACAGGAAACAUACUUGAAACUAAUUCUCAGCUCCACAAUCAUGGAAAGACUGGUCCUCUUUUUGGACACAUUUCCGCAAAAUACUCCCAACCUCUGCUCAUUGAGCGAUUCUUUGACACACGCUGUAACCCCUUUUGAGCUCGCGCAGGCCGGCACGAGAGGUAUACAACGUGUAGCAAGCGAUUCUAAGUCGGAUCCCUGCAAUGUGAUUAGAAAUGCAAUAACUUACUUUAUAUUACUACAGAAUGAUGUGGGACCUUCUACUUUACCCAAGAAAGAUAGAAUAGUGCUGCUUCAUUUGAUGGAGGCUUUCUUGAAAAGUGAUAUGCUGUUCCGGAGAGUAGGGGAUGGUCCUUUCUAUGCUGAAUUCUGUUUGACUGCUUUCGAAUUGGUCAUUGAAGAAGAUUCAAAAUCCGAUGAACUCAAAGAUCUGUUUUCAAGUCCUGAAAAUAGGCUCGUCUCCAAUUUGAUAUCGUUCGGUCAUAAAUAUCCGUUCUCUUUUUAUUUGGUGUCAAGGGUGAUCGCUAGAAUUCUUGAUGAUUUUGAAAAUACCUCACAGCUUCUAGAGCAGGCUACUUUCUUCUCUGCCAAGUGCAUAAACCGUCUUGCUUUCGCAAAUCAUGUAGACGAAUGUGGCCGCCGAGGUCUUUCAUGUGCAGAUAUGGAAGGCCGAAAUUUGGUUUUAAUGAUGAACAUAAAGAUCCUCCGUGAUACGAUUUGUGCCGACCGUCUGGGCCAGCUUGAAGCUAUGGAAAAAGAGUACAAUAUUAUCCCUUCCUUCGCACAUGUGUUAAAACAGACUGGAGAUCACUUACUGGCUUCUACUAUUGUCACUACUGGUCUUCAGGCAAUGAUUAAACAGCACGAAUUGAACUUUCUUACGCAAGAAAAGUUGGAAGAGAUAAUGCCUAUCGUCUGGAAGAAGAUGAAGUUAUCCAAGCACAUGGAGAAAGUAUCUUUGGAGUUCACCUACAGUGUCAUGCUUCUACUCCUUAAGUCUUGUUGUUCUCUGGACCUCUCAGUGCUCGAGUGCGUCCUUGUGAACGAGGUGAUUGAACCAGCUUUCCGUUUGAACCCUGUGGAUACAACACUCCUCAAACUGCUUUGGAUGAUUGCCAAGUUUCCUAACUGCAAGCGGGUCUUCAAGAAACUUUGCCAGCUAUCUUGCGACAAGUCAGUCGAAUAUACUGCUCCAGGAAAAACUGAACUCGCCAAGAUCUUCAAAUUUAUUUCUGACAUUAUCACUAAGUCCCUUGAAAGAGAACCCCCUCACAAGCUGGACUAUCUACAAAACGUGACCAAGUGUAUGGUGGAGAUAGCUAGAUCUAGUUCACUUGAUGAGGAGAUGUACGUUCUUGAAGACAUGGUCUCCCCAGCAAUGUGGCUACUGAAGAAACAGAGUAACGAGAAGAUUGUGGCAAAUGUAAAGGAGUUCAUUAGUAUUUUACAUUAACCUUUUAACUAGUUUUAUUCCAUUUUUUGGGAAGUGAUUUACUAUUCCGUUUGUUGAUUUCAUCUUGAUUUAGCUGACAAGGAAAAUGUUUGUUUUUUUAUUCGUCGUAGCUUUAAAAAAUGUAAGUGUCUAUUUAAACCAUUAUUAAAGAUUCAUUAAACUAUUAAACAUUUAAAAGUCAAGUGUUUUAAUCGGAGUGAGCAAUGUCUGCCUCGUUAAUUCACUUUCUCUUCAAUAAACUAUCUGAUAUAAUGUUUUAUGUAACGGAAACAAAGUACGCUCUUGUUUAGUUGAGAUUUCGCUAGAUUGUC